AUGGUCAAGGUGACCGAGGAAACCAAAGUGACCAUGGAAAUCGUCGAGAAACACAAGGUGACCGAACAGAUCGUCGAGGAGCCUAAGGUGACUGAGCAGAUCAUCGAGGAGCCUAAGGUGACCGAGCAGAUCGUCAAGGAACCCAAGGUGACCGAACAGAUCGUCGAGGAGCCUAAGGUGACUGAGCAGAUCAUCGAGGAGCCUAAGGUGACCGAGCAGAUCGUCAAGGAACCCAAGGUGACCGAACAGAUCGUCGAGGAGCCUAAGGUGACUGAGCAGAUCAUCGAGGAGCCUAAGGUGACCGAGCAGAUCGUCAAGGAACCCAAGGUGACCGAACAGAUCGUCGAGGAGCCUAAGGUGACUGAGCAGAUCAUCGAGGAGCCUAAGGUGACCGAGCAGAUCGUCAAGGAACCCAAGGAGGAACCCAAGGUGACUGAGGAAAUCGUCAAGGAACCCAAGGUGACUGAGGAAAUCGUCGUAACUGAGGAAAUUGUCGAGGAACCUAAAGUGACUCAGGAAAUCGUCGAGGAACCCAAGGAGGAACCCAAGGUGACUGAGGAAAUCGUCGAGGAACCCAAGGUGACUGAGGAAAUCGUCGAGGAACCCAAGGUGACUGAGGAAAUCGUCGAGGAACACAAGGUGAUCGAGGAAAUCGUCGAGGAACCCGAGACCGAGAAGGUGACCGAAGAACGGAAGGAGACCGAGGAAAUCGUCGAGGAAUCCAAGGAGACCAAUGAGGAACUCAGUGAAUACAAGUAG